UUUUCUUAUUCAAGAAAAAAUGAAUGGAUUCUGUCAAGAGAAUAAAUGUACUACUCCUACUCACAAACUGUCUCAUCAACAAGAAUUUCACUACAUGGUGUCAGCUCUCCGACAUGUUGUCUCAGGCGCCGCCGAUGGUCGACCUGACGGAGAAGCUUCUCAGCUUCUGUGGGAAGUUCAAAAUGUAGCCACGUCAGAUAAUAAUUCUUCAAUGCCACGUAGGAACAUUAAUCUCGUGGACGAAGGGAGUUCUUUCAACGUGGAGUUGGAGCACGGGAAGAAGAAGAGGAGGAGGAGGAAUACGAAGAAGGAAUUUAGAGGAGUGAGACAAAGGCCAUGGGGAAAAUGGGCCGCGGAGAUCCGCGACCCGCACAAAGCCCAACGACUUUGGCUUGGUACUUUUGUUACUGCCGAAGAUGCUGCUAGAGCUUAUGAUAAAAAGGCGGUAGAAUUUAGAGGUCUAAAGGCCAAAACUAACUUUCCUCUUAAGGAAUAUAUUAAUGAUGCAGUUGUUACUGAUCAUGAGAACAAUUCCCCAAUGGUCGUAGAACAAGUUCACGAUGGCGAUGAGGUGGCAGUGGCUGAUAAUAAUAAUUAUAUUGAUGGCGAAAACUGUAUGGAAAAUAAUGGUGAUGACUUUUGGGCCACUUUGGAAGACGACGGACUUGUCAGGAGGAUAACACAGGAUAUGUCCUUUUGAACCUAUGAUAUUUCAAUUCUGCUUAUGGUUUUUGUCUUAUCUGAAAAAUAUCUUCGUUUUUUUUGCAGGUUGUUUUGUCGUUUUCUUAUUUUUUUCUUUGACUACUCUUAGGUGGCUAGUAGGGAGUGGUAGAAAAUAUCUUCUUGUUUGAAUAUUGUACUGAAGUUUAAGGUUUGCGACUAUUAUUAUUUUCGUCAAAAAAAAAUGACGGAAAGUUCGUAUCUUCAAAAAAUCAUCCAACUUAUCCAAAUUUUAGAAUUUGCCCUACUAAAAUUACUUUUAUAUUUUAUUUUAGGAUGAUAAACUAAUUCAACUAUUAUUUUUUUUUUCAAAAAUUAGGAACAAAAAAGUCUAUUAAACUAUCAUUCUCGUCAUACCAUAUUAAAGUUUAUUUUUUUUAAUAAUAAAUAUAUUCAACUCAUACACAUGAUAUCUAUUAACCCAAUUCAUAUUUAUUAAUGGAUCUAAUGAAGUUUUGAUGAUAGAUAAAAUGUACUGGGCCAGCUAAAUAAAAGUGAAGUUGUCCUCAUCUCAAACAUUAUUACAAGAUGGGUUCAAUCUUACAUGGUGUUUGUGAUCAACUGAACAUCCAUUACGUUGCCUAAUACGACGAAGAUCCAAAUUGUAGAAUUUGUUUCAUGCUUAGGUGUUUUACGGUCUUUGGGGAUAGAAUUCUUGUAUUGGGUAAUGAUCGAGUUGUACUAUUUCAACUUUUUUUAAAAGCAAUUGUUUAGGGAUAAACAUAAUAGGAACUUAGCUUCAAGUUAAGGGUAACUCGAAGAGGGAAGUAACAAUCUGCAUAGGUUGUUGAUAUAGUUAGUUCCUAGGUUGCCUUUCUUGUAUUCUAAAUUCUGUUGAGCCUCACUUAUU